AAGGCGCAGCACAACUUCGGGAUCGAGACGUCAUAUCCACUGUCAUGGUAGGGAAUCGUCUAAUUGCUGUGCAUGUGAGUAGUUUGUUUGGCAAGAGCCUCUGAUCCAAACGAAAUCCUUGAAGCAUUGACGUGACGGCUCCGAGUCGGAGUUUGACGUGGUACUUCGGUUCAAAUAAUGCUACUGCAAUGGUACAUGCUCAGUCCUGCAGGCCCGUCCAAGCUCUCUGCUAUCAGAUUCUCGUCACCAAGCAGAGUACAUUCGAUCAAGAUAUUUCCCACAGACGUGCAGCCUCCAGAUAUCAAAUCAUAUCAUCGCGUACUAAGUGCAACUAUUUUUCAUCAUCAUGCUGCAUGGUAUAGAGAUACCCAUAUAGUCGGCCGCACAGGACCAGAAGCGUACUUUCUUGAUGUAUAUGUCAACGCCUACCCCGUGGGCUCACUGGUGGACGCGAAGCAAAAGCUCAAGGCACCUAAUGCACUCAUGCCAACCGUCAUCCCAUACGCAGGUGGUGUAGUGGAAUAUGCAGUGAACACGAGCUCUGAGUUCGCGACUCGUUCAACGAUUCCAACUACUGAUUCUCCCCUACUCACCCAUUCCUCUGUUCCCCUCGUGCCUGCCUUAGACGCUACAAAGAGUAACGACCCAAAUGCUCUUGCGAGGAAUUUGCUGGCGCUCUUUCCCAAUGCGCCCUCCCUUUCCCUCGUCACCCGCCUUAUGUUCUGCCUCAAGCAACCUAAUGAUGAUUCGAACCUCCCGGAACUUCCGCAUCUUUACUCCGACCUGAACGAGGAAGAAGUUGAUAUCGAUUGAGAUAGUGCAUUCCGAUCUUUGAGCCAUCCUGUAGUGGAUGACAUUUCAUCAGAGUAAUCGCAUCGUUUUGCAAAAAAGGUCUCAGAGGCCGUCGGUCCCAGGGACGAUGCACAGUCAUAUCUCAUUGCAGGCAUUCUUGCUCUGCUUCACAGACUCCUGAAUUUCUACAGGCUUUGAUCCAAGCGCUCGAACCCGAGAUGAUAUUUGACCCGUCAACCUUAGAUGAAGACGCUCUAUUCACAC